GCCUAUUUACAGAGUAGAAGAAGACUACGCCCACUGACUUGUGCAGUGUGGAGACGUGGUGAGUCGAGCUGCAAGAAUCCGGUUGUUUUGUGACUGUUCAACCUUCAAAGUACCGCAGGCAAGACGAUUUAUUAUAAAUUACACCCUCGUAUGUGUGUGUACAGUUUAACGAGCAGGUAGGCGGUGUUUUAGCCAGGAUAUUAAGUGUUUUGAAGAAGGCUGCGCUAGUUGAGCAUCAUGAGUUACGGUAGGCCUCCGCCUGAUGUCGACGGCAUGACUUCCCUCAAAGUGGACAACCUGACCUACCGGACAUCUCCCGAAACACUCAGACGGGUGUUCGAGAAGUACGGCCGGGUAGGGGACGUCUACAUCCCCAGAGACCGCUACACAAAGGAAAGCCGCGGUUUCGCGUUCGUGCGGUUCCACGAUAAGCGGGACGCGGAGGACGCGAUGGACGCGAUGGAUGGCGCGCUGCUGGACGGGCGGGAGUUGCGCGUGCAGAUGGCCCGGUACGGCAGGCCGCCCGACUCCCACUACGGAGGCGGCGGCGGAGGAGGAGGAGGGCGGCGGGGAGGCCAGCCUCGGAGGUACGGGGGACACGGCCGCAGAAGCAGGAGCCCGAGACACAGGAGACGCAGCAGAUCCCGCAGCAGGAGCCGCUCUCGCUCCCGAAGCCGAUCCCGCUACAGCAGAUCCAGGUCCCGGUCCUACUCCCGAUCCAAGUCCCACUCUCCGAGGGACAAGAAGACCAAGGCCAAGUCCCCGUCCCGAUCCAGAUCGAGAUCCAGGUCCAGGUCCCGGUCCAAGUCUAGGUCCAGAAGCCGCACCCCUUCCUCCAAAAGAGGAUCCAGGUCCAGAUCUAAAAGCCAGCCCAAGUCAGCAGCAGAGAAUGGAGGAGAGUCCCCGUAGUGCCGAGCACAUCAGCAACAGUUUUCAGGUGAAGACGUAAGAGCUUCAAGUCCAAGACUGGAUCCACACAAGCAACAGAGCCGCUGUGAAAGGUUAUUAUUGUGUCUUCCAUGCUUUGGUCUGUUUUAUCCUUUUUUCUUUUUUUUUUUUUUUUAAUUUCUUUGUGCUGUGAUUUUUGUUUUUGUUUUGUUUUCUUCUUCUUUUUUAUAACAUGUUUAUUAUUUUAAGAAUCUGGUUUGAUGUGGAGAGGGAAUCUGUUCUGACCUGGUUUUUGUAAUGGUUUCACUGGACACUAUCAACAGCAGUAUAAACCAGUUUAAAGUGGUACCAGUGGUCCCCUUUCAUUCCAAUUCUCUCUGCAGCCUGUAACUCGAAGCAAGUUCAACUGAGUCUUUCGCUUUCUCUGCGUGUUAAACUUAACGUUUGUGACAUCAGAUAAACGGCGUCACACAGACGCCAGCUGAUAGCGGAGGGCGAAGAAAUUAAAUAUUAUCUCCUACGAUUCUGCAUCAAUUCACAAAUUAAAUUUCUUUUUAGAUGUUUGUUAAACGUGAUGUUGAUGGAAUGAAAAAAAAGCAGAACUUUUUUUUUUUUUUUUUUUUGCUUAGAAAAUGACUAAAAGGAUCAGGAAAGUAAGACUUAUCGUCUCAACUCUGCGUUAUCACAUCUCACCUUAGUGCAAACUUUAAAUACUUUUGUUCGUGUUGGGAUCCUGUAGAGAUGUCGGGUUUUCAGUUUAGUCCUGGAGAUGUGAGUGAGUCAGAGUUAUCUGGUUGACAACAGUUGAUCUUACUUUGUGAUACAGGUCUGUAGUGUCCAUAGUUUUAUUAUCAGGUUUCAUUUUCCUCCCAUAAAAAGAAGCCAUUUAUUAUCUUACUAUUCUUGGUAAGUGUGGAAAAAAAAAAAACAUCCAAAAUGACAAAAUCCACAGUAAACAUGACGAAUCUUUCCUUUGUGUUGUUUUCAUAUCAGAAGUCUCACAUUUUUACAUUUCUUUUAUUCAUUGCAGUCGCAGCUCAGGAUGUGUUUGUUAGGCAGGACUGUUGUUCAUCACAGAUGUGUGUUUUUAAAUGUAAUAACAUCUGGAACAUACAGUACGACUUUGGCUCUAUGAGUUUGGAAAAGUGUGUCAGGUUGAAACUCGGAUCAUCACAUACUGGACUCCAGACUCAGCGUCUUGUUUUGUUCUUUUUAAUUUUUUUGAUUCUAAUCCUGCUCAUCUGUUUAUUUUUUGUUUUGUUGUUUUUUUUUGUUUGUUUUUGUGCACUAGGCGCAGUUGUGUAGCAGUUGAGUUUUGCUGGUUAGCUGUUAAGGUGGCGUGUUGGAUGUAUCCUGUUUUCCCCAGAAUGCACCUGUGACUACCGAUGGUACGCUCGCUGCUGUCUCACCCUUUGUACGAUGAAACGUUUCUCCCAUUAUGUCAUGUUAGACAGAUGUGACUUUUAUUAAAGAUUUGAUGUUUUGUCUAUAA